AAGGCUUGUAGCCACAUACUGCUGCUUCCAAGUCAGUUAAUGAUCAAUGCCUUCCGAGAAAUAUCACAAAGAACAGAACAAGAAAAAGGAAGGCAGCACUACUUUGUCACCACAGUUGACACAAAUCUCAGUUGAGACUCUAAUCACCUCUCACCAAAAAAAAUGGCCGCAGUUUUUGCCAAUGCUCUGGAGACGAUCGCCGAGUUAUCGACGUCUCAUGCCCUCCAAUAUUUAGGACCCAUUUGGGUUGGAGUUCAUGAGCAGCUCCAAAAGCUCCACAGGUCCUUAGUGUUUAUCCAACCACUUGUUGAAGAUGCAGAGGAAAGGCAGUUGACGGACCAGGCUGUCAGGUAUUGGCUUUUGCUGCUCAAAGAUGCGGUCUAUGAUGCUGAAGACAUCCUUGACGAGGCCAAGACGCAUGAACUACUCAUCCAGCGCAAGGCAGAGCUUUCUGGUCGCCUAAAAAGCAAGGUGCAUGAAUUCUUUUCUCUUGAUCAUAACCCACUCUUGUUUAAACUUCAGUUGGGGAAGAAGCUCACAAACGUCAAUGAGAGAAUAAAUGAGCUCAUUGAGGAGAUGCACAAGUUCAACCUCAGGGCUGUUGAAAACAACAUCAAACCUUGGAGGAGCAGGCCUCAAACCUACUCGUAUGCUCAUGAAUCGCGAGUUAUUGUUGGAAGAGAUAAAGAUAAAGAGAAGUUAGUGCAGAUGUUGACUAGAGAUUUUUUUGAUGAGAAAGUGGCUGUGGUUACUAUAGUCGGCAUGGGUGGUCUGGGUAAGACGACACUUGCUCAGUUGGUAUAUGCAGAUGAAAGGGUCAAGAAUCAAUUUGAACCAUGCAUAUGGGUUUGUGUUUCUGAUGAUUUUGAUGUGCCGAAGCUUGCUGGAAAGAUCAUACAUAGAGUUUCUGGGGAAAUUUGUGAUCAUACAGACAUGGAGGCUCUGCAACAGAAGCUACGAAAAGAAUUGGGGCAGAAGAGAUAUUUGCUGGUAUUAGAUGAUGUAUGGAAUGAAGAUUUCCAAAAGUGGGAUGCUCUUAGAAACAUGUUGCUCGAUGGAGAAAAAGGAAGCAGAAUUCUUGUAACCACACGCAAUGAAAAAUGCUCUCGAUUGAUGGGUGCACAAAAUCCUUAUAUUCUAAGCGUUUUAUCAGAAGAAAGCUCUUGGGAUUUAUUUGAACAGAAAGCAUUCGCUGUAAGUGCACCGAAACCACCAACAAUGGUGGAGAUUGGUAAGAAGAUUGUUAAGAAAUGUCAUGGAUUACCACUUGCUAUAGAAGUGUUGGCGUGUGUUAUGCGUUGUAAGGGCAGAGAAGAUGAAUGGCAGGCUGUGUUGGAAAAUGCAACAUGGAAGUUACAACAUACAAAAAAUGAAAUCUUACCAGGGCUGUGGCUCAGCUAUGUUGAUUUGCCUACUUAUUUAAAGAAGUGUUUUGCCUUUUGUGGCAUGAUCCCAAAAGAUCACGAUAUUGAGGAAUUGAAGCUGAUUCAGUUUUGGAUCGCUCAUGGGUUUAUUUCAUCUGAAAAUGGAAUUGAUAUGGAAGUUGAAGGGCAAGAGAUUUUCACUGAGUUGAUAAGGAGAUCCCUUUUGCAAUAUGAUUGUCGUCUUCAUGCAAGUGAAAAUAGAAGAGUUUGUAAGAUGCAUGAUCUCAUCCAUGAUCUGGCACACUUUGUUCUGCAGAAUGAAUGCUCUGCAUUGUUGAAAAGCAGUGCAGCUACCAAAAUACCAAUAAAGCCACGUCAUUUGAAUUUACACGUUGGUGAAAAUAACCAAGGUGAUCAUUCCAUCAUCCAUAACCAAGUUGAUUGCUCCAUCAUCCAUACUGUGCUAUAUUGUCGAAGAGACUAUUAUGUCUUGUCAAAGCUGAAGUUUGUGAGAGUGCUUGACUUGAGUCAGGCACAUAUUGAUGAGCUACCUGCAUCAAUAGAACAUUUGCACCAUCUACGAUACCUUGAUAUUUCUUUUACUGAUAUAAGGAGACUACCAGAAUCCAUUUGUAUGUUGGUUAAUCUGCAGACAUUGAAACUCUAUUGUUGUUAUAAGCUUUCCGAGCUUCCCAAGAGCAUAACAUACAUGAACAGCCUUAGACACCUUCUUUUUGACAAUGAUCGACAGUUUGAGGCAUUCCCUGCUGGUUUGAGUCAAUUACAAAACUUGAAAACACUACCGGGAUAUACUGUAGGAGAUGAUGCAGGGAACAACAUAGGACAAUUAAAGUCCUUAAAUCUCUUUGGUGAACUUGCUUUGUAUAAUCUCCAGAAGGUGAAGAAUGCUGAUGAUGCUAGAAAAGCUAAUUUGGGUAACAAACAAAACAUUCACACAUUAAAAUUAUGUUGGGGAAAAUUAAGUUGGGGACCUAAUGAUGAAUGUUGUUCAAUGGAAAAUGCUGAGGAGGUGUUGCAAGCCUUGAAACCUCACAAUGGAGUAAACAAACUCAUAGUUAGCUAUUAUUCAGGCAAACAAUUUCCAAUGUGGAUGAGAGAAAUGCAACAAUUCCAAUAUCUACAUCGCAUCGAACUAUUCAAAUGUAAAGCAUGUGAGCAACUUCCUCCACUUGAGAUAUUACCUUGUCUUGAGGAUCUGAGUAUUAGUGAAAUGGUUGGCAUCAAACACAUUGUUAGCAACAGAGGAGGCAACACACAGCAAACAUUCCCUGCAUUGAAGUUUCUAGAGUUAAAAAAUAUGGAAAACCUAGAGGGGUGGUGUGUGCAGGAGGGUAGAGAAGCAAAUUUGUCCUUGUUUCCAUACCUCAUUUGGAUGAGUAUUAAAGGAUGCCACAAGUUGACAACCAUGCCACCAGAGAUUUUUACCUCGUCUUGA